AUGUCUACCACCAACACCAGCACCUUCAUCCUGGCACAAUCGACUGACAACAUCCAGCCAGUCAUCACCACUGAAAAUGCCAAGCAGAUGGUUGAGGAGGCUGCCAGGGUUACAAUGCAGGCACUGAGAGGACUUUGGGGCUGGGACACUAAGCACUGGGGCAAAGUGGCUCAGCUUGUGUGGGCCCAGCUGAUGAUGACAGCACAAGAGGCCAAUGUGAAGGAUCAUGUGUGGUAUUGCCUUCAUCACCAGCCUAAGUCUCACCCAUAUUACAAGGUCAUGGAGGAGCUUACUGGGCCUUUGUUGAGGGCCAAGCACCAGGCACAGCUGGUGGAUAAGGGGAAGGGGAAAGAGUUGGGUAUGGAUGAGGCUCAAAGGACUUGGCUUCCAGGAUCCAAAGAUGCACCCACAGACACUACAGCUAGGACCACUGGAGUUGUGAUGCAGAAGCCAGGAAAUGAGGAGGAUCAGAACAGGGAGAAAGCAUGGGGCUGUAGCCAGUCAAGACAUGGCUGGCCAGUGGCCAAGCCUGUCAAUGCCAGUGAUCAGACCAGUAGAGGCUGGAGCCAGUCAAGGAGACCAACGAAGAAGGUGAAACCAGCAGUCAACAAGGAUGUGCAGGAGUGGUGA